AUGACGUAUUCGCUCAACGAUGGUGUUGAGGCUCCGCAGGCGGACGGCUCCCAGGCGCCUGGAGGCCCAGGACACCUGGGUCCUGGCGGUGGAAGCGCCCGUAAGGCUAUCCUUGAGGCAGUCAACCGGGUUGGUGAGGCAAGUCAUGAUCUUCUGCGCUAUGUAAUGCAGGAAGAGAGCAGUGGCGUCACGGAAGAAGAGGCCAUGGCACUCAGCCAUGCUGUAAGGCCACUCAGCGUCACUCGUGAGGGACCCCCGAACGAAUGGGCUGCUGGGCGGUACCGGGGACUGGCUGAAGAAGACCAGCUCUAUCAGGUGAGGCUCGGAAUUCCUCGACUUGCCGAUAGUGCCGCCGAUCAACAGUCAUUCCUCCUACCUACUCCGAUUUCCAUAUAUUUUCAUCUCCAUUCACUUAACUAUCCAACUUUAUUCUACUCAUCUAUUAACUUGAUCCUUUUUUUACUUAUAAGCUAUGAUUUCUGCUCAACUCGUGCUAAUUUCCGCUGUUUUUUCGCAUAUACAGGUCCUACAAUCCUCGCGGUGUCAGGGCGACUUAGAUGA